AUGGCAUCCACUGCCGAUUACAUCUUCCUCGUCGUCGUGCUCGCCAUCGUCGCGGGCCUCGUCUACGCCCUCAAGCCAGGGCAAGAGGGCGGCCGCAGCUUCAAGGACAGCCAGGAGGCGCUCAAGAAACGCGGCAUCAACCUCUCCUCGUCCGGCCUCUCGGUCAAGUCGGACCGCAGAGCAAUGUCGCAGCAGGAGUACAUCGACAAGACCCAAAAGAGCUUCGCCAACUCCGCCGAUAGAAUCUCCAAGCACAGGGACGCAUUCAAGUUCGGCGGAGGGAGCGGCGAUGCCAAAAAGAAGGCAUAG